GUGGCGCAGUAACACCAGUUUCUCUUGUCGAGGCGGCCAUCUUCUGCUUUCUUGCACGAGUUGAGGAAUUGCGGUAGAAUAAUAUUUCGGAAUGGCCGAUUACUCGAGUGUUGCUCCUCCGUCUUCGGUGUCCGGUGGGGGUAUGAACGACGCAUUCAAGGACGCCUUGCAAAGAGCUAGACAGAUUGCUGCGAAAAUUGGUGGGGACGGAGGUGGCGCUCCUCCCCCGGCAAACACCAACGAUUUUGGAUAUGGAGGUCAGAAGAGGCCUUUGGAAGAUGCAGAUGACUCUCCGACAAGUCUGGACAAUAGAACACACUGGGAGGGAUUGCCCUCUCCUUUCAAAGAACAACCAGAAACAAAGAAGGUGGCCUCCCAGAAUGAUUCAUUUGGUUCACCAAUGGGAGGAAUGAGUGCACCCAGCAGGUCAGUUGUUACAGAAGAAUUUAAGGUUCCAGAUGGAAUGGUUGGAUUCAUUAUAGGUCGAGGAGGUGAACAAAUAUCUCGACUUCAGCAAGAAUCUGGUUGCAAAAUUCAGAUUGCACCUGAUAGUGGCGGUUUGCCUGAAAGAUCUGUUACGCUGACAGGAUCACCAGAUUCCAUUCAGUCUGCAAAAAGGCUGUUAACUGAAAUUGUUGAAAAGGGACGUCCUGCACCAGUCUUUCACCAUUCAGAUGGUCCAGGAAUGUCAGUUCAAGAAAUUAUAAUUCCUGCUAGUAAAGCUGGUUUGGUAAUUGGAAAGGGUGGAGAAACCAUAAAGCAAUUGCAGGAACGUGCAGGAGUAAAGAUGGUCAUGAUUCAGGAUGGACCUCAAAAUACAGGUGCAGAUAAACCAUUGAGAAUUUCAGGAGACCCUUACAAGGUUCAGCAAGCUAAAGAAAUGGUUAUGGAACUCAUCAGAGAUCAGGGUGGAUUUAGAGAACAACGUAAUGAAUAUGGAUCUCGAAUGGGUGGAAACGAUUUCAGCUUGGAUGUUCCUGUUCCUCGGUUUGCUGUUGGCAUUGUAAUUGGCAGAAAUGGUGAAAUGAUUAAGAAGAUACAGAAUGACACUGGUGUAAGGAUUCAGUUCAAACCAGAUGAUGGGACUACUCCAGAGAGAAUAGCACAGAUAAUGGGUCCUCCAGAAAGAUGUCAGCAUGCAGCUGAAAUUAUUACAGACCUCCUUAGAAGUGUACAGGCUGGAGGUCCACCUGGGCCUGGAGGCAGGGGUAGAGGAAGAGGUGGUCAGGGAAACUGGAACAUGGGUCCUCCUGGAGGGCUGCAAGAGUUCAAUUUUACUGUUCCCUCUAUGAAGACAGGCUUAAUCAUUGGCAAAGGUGGUGAGACAAUAAAAAGCAUUAGUCAGCAAUCUGGCGCAAGGAUAGAGCUCCAGAGAAAUCCUCCUCCAAAUGCUGAUCCCAACAUCAAGAUGUUCACAAUACGUGGCUCACACCAACAGAUUGAUUUUGCCAGGCAGCUUGUUGAGGAAAAGAUAGGAGGUCCUGUUAGUCCAAUGGGUGGCCCUCAUGGUCCUCCAGGUCCCCAUGGAGGUCCAGGCCCUCAUUGUCCUCCUGGUCCACCAGGGCCUCCACCCCCACCGCCAAUGGGACCUUACAAUCCUGGGCCAUACAAUCAAGGGCCUCCUGGUCCACAUGGCCCUCCCGCCCCUUAUCCUCCACAAGGUUGGGGUAAUGGAUAUCCACACUGGCAGCCACAAGGACCACAAGACCCAAGUAAAGCAGCUGCAGAUGCUAAUGCAGCCGCAUGGGCAGCAUAUUAUUCUCAGUAUCAGCAGCAACCUCAACCACCAAUACCUCCUCCAAAUGCUGCUCCAGCCACCGGCCAAACAAAUGGACAAACAGCAACAGCAGCUGGUGACCAACAGAAUCCAGCUCAGAGUGGGCAGGCAGAUUACACAAAAGCCUGGGAGGAAUAUUACAAGAAAUUGGGUCAGCAAGGUCAACAGCAGCAAGACUACACAAAAGCAUGGGAAGAGUACUAUAAAAAGCAAGGUCAGCCAGCACCUGCCGCUGCAUCUCAAACAGGUGGGCAACCAGACUAUAGUGCUGCAUGGGCGGAAUACUACAGACAACAGGCUGCGUACUAUGGGCAAGCAAGCCCCCAGGGGAUGCCUCCACAUCCUCCUGCUCCACAACCACAACAGGGCCAGUAAUGUGAAGUGGACAUAAAGUAUUUGCUUCGUUGUCGAAAAAACCUUUGUUAAAUAUAUGGAUGCAGCCGCCUUGAUGAAGAUCUUAAUUUGUUUGGUUUAAAAACAGUGUUUAAAACUGUUAGUAAGAGUAACCGUGACAGAGGCGAUUUCUUGUAUAAAUUGAACGGUUUGUUUUUAGUAUGUGGUUCAUAGAUUGGACAUUCCAGUUCAUGUAUUUCAACUCUUUGUGGUAUAUUCUUAUGUUUAUAAACUGUAGAAAUGUUCAUGUAUAUCAUCUCAGUUUUAAAAUGCCUGUUUUGUGUUUUGCAAUAAACUAAAUGAAACCUCCUGUGUUGGUAAGUUCGGUCAAAGUAAUAAUCCUCUUGCAAGUUACUUUAUUGAUACAUAGCAAAUAUGUUUAAGUGGGUGGGUGGCAAUAUAAGGAUUUUUAAUAAGUCAAGGUAUCUAUUGUCCAUUAGAAAUAUUGACCCAGAUUGCUUAGUAGGUUUGAAGGUGUGCAGCACUAAUUCUGCCAGCUUUGUCUUCAUAUGUGGCUUUUUCUACAAAUAAAAUUACACAUGCGUUUUUUUAUAUAUAUUUUUGUUUCUUUAGGAUUAUGUAUAUUUUUUAAAUCUUUGGCUUACUGGUUGUUUUCUGUGGGUUUUUCCCCUAUAAAUAGGCAUUUCAAAGUACCGUUUUGGCACAAAUGUUACACAUUUAGUUGAGUCUAGUAUCGUAACAUGUUUAAUCUACUGACAGUUUACCUUAAUGCUGACUUGAGAUAGAUUGAAUUGUUAAUAAGGGUGCAACUUUUUUCCUCACAGGAAAGUUUAGGAAGCGGUAAGCAUUAAAGCAAGAAAUGUUGCUAAAUGUUCCCUAAAUGUGACAUUAAAAAUGGUUUUUUAGUUGAACUGUUGCUUUUUUACAGCACAGGUAAAUGCAUUUUGAUUAUUAAUACAGUAUUCAUUUAAAUACUGAUUUUUUUCUGUUGUCUAUUUGAGCCAUUGUUUGCUUUGUAUAUAUAUUUGUUGGCUGCUCUUUUAUUUUGAUCUUAUUUUCCUUUUACCCAUUAAAAGAAAAUCUGAAUGCAAUUGCUAUUUGCCUUGCCAUUGUCUGUCAAAGUGCAUCCAGUGUAGGUCUAGAUGUUUAGGGCUGAGGAGCCCAGUGAUGUGCAUCAUCCUUGAUUUCUGUUUCUUCAAGGAGCUGUGCACUGUAAGUACUGAUAUCAACACAACACUGCUGAAUUUCCUUUUGUCUUUCAAUGUAUUUCUUUGAGAGAUUAAAAAUAGAAUGUUUAUAUUCCAAGUCCUAAAUGCCUUGUUCAGAAUUGAGCAUUACAUUUUGUGUUGGGUAAGUAUCAUGCAAUUAAUUUAAAAAAAAAAAAAAACAAAAAAAAACAUUAAUUUGUAAAACUAUUAAAUCAUUAAUCUCCUAACUUUUUGCCUUACUAUCAUACAGUAAUCUUUUAUAGUGCUAGGGUAAGGCUCUUGUAUAUAGCAGUUGUUUUACAGUACUGUGUUAACAGGAUUGCUUACCAUCCUGAGUGUGUAUAUGCAUUUUGAAACCCGUAUUGCCUCAUAGUUGCACCAGUUUCAGUAAUACAAAGUAAAUGCAAACAGUUUGUGCAUCAUUCAAAAAUACUGUUUUUUUUUUUUUUUUGUUUUUUGUUUUUUUUUUUUGUUUUAGUAUUAUAGCCUAGGUGUCAGCUUGUGAUAUUGGGAAUUGUUAUAAUAUGGAAGAUUGCAAAUAAUUCCUCAGUUUAGCAUAUAUUUUUUGUAUCAAUCGUCUUAAGACUAAAAUGCGUUUUAAUCUCAAAAGAACAUUGUCAUUUUUUGUCAGUACAUAGUAGCUGCACUUUAAACAUGUCUCCCUUUAUUACUGGGAUCUAAACCUUUUUAAUAUUGAUCUUACUGUACACUGAUGUUAUCAGCUUGGGUAACACUGAAACAUGUUAAUCUGAUUCAUAAGUAAAUGAUUGUAGCAGGUCAUUAAUCUUUGCAGUGUCACCCAGCCCUUGCACCUUAGGUUCUGCUGCAGUUUGCAACAGGUAAGCAUUACCUAAGGACUUAGUGUUAUGAAUUUAUAAAUAUUUUUUUUGAUAUUUUCUAGUUAUUAGUAAUCGGAUGCUGUUAGAAGUUAAUUUCACACUAACAUUAUGGACAUGUUUUAAGCAGUGUAGUAGAAUUGACUAUUAGAGCAAGGUACUUUUUAAUGUGUGUGUGUGUGUGUGUGUGUGUCUUUUUAUAUAUCAUUCAUUAUGUCAGGUUGUUUCUUUGUUUUUUUUUUUUUUUUUUAUUUCAUUACAUAUAUUGAAUGAACCGUCAGCCUGCCGUAUAUUGAGAAAAUGAUUGUGAUACCUAUGUGUAUUUUUAACUUCCGGGGACUAGAGGAAUUCCUCUUUUGAUCAGUCUAUUAAGUAAAUAUGUUCAUGUUAGUCCUGGGUAGUCCGUGUUUUUUUCCCCCAUUUUUUUUAAACAUAAAUGUUAGCCUUCAGCUAAAUGAUUUGUAUGAUUGAAUAUAGAAAAAAGACAUUGUUUGAAGACUCAAUGCUUUAAGAGGUUUUUAAGGAUAUUUCUGCAUGAUCCAUGUUAGCAUUAAAAAGUUAACACUAGUUUCACUGUACAUCUUGUUUAUAUAUGCUGUAUGAAACGUUUGUUGCCCCCUGAUGAUGAUUAGUGUGAUAUUCAAUUUAAAAAUGCUACCUUCAUUUUCACACACAGUGUUGAAGAUGCUGCGAGCAUAGUUCAUAGAAUCAGGCGCUGAGAUAGUUUGUCCCUAAGGAGGAAUCCUUUGAGUGUAUGCCAUUGGUGAUCUGGUGAACAUAAACCGUUCAAGGGCUCCGGUUAUAAGGUAAAUUUGAGGAAUUGUAAUUGUUAUGACUCAAACUGUUUUUGUCAGGAGAGGGACAUACUCAUGCAUAAUAGCAUAAAUGUUAUUUGCAAUUAGAUAUCAAUUCUUUUUUUUUUUUGUUUUUUUUUUUUUUUGUGUUCCUCUCCCCUACCCCAUCCCUUACACUUUGGAUCAGCUUUGCAAUUUGAUGCUGUUAUGCAGUACAUAAGAUUAGUUUGUUUUGCUAUGCUAUCUGUUGCAGGUUAUUGUGUUUUUUUUGUUUUUAAACCAUUUUAAUAUUCAUAUGUCACAUAGUGCUAUCUCUGAUUACACUGAGGCGUGAACCUUGUUUUUGAAACUGCAUAGUUUUUUUGUUUUAAGUUAAAAGUGAUGAUGCCAUUCUUUUAACUGGUUAAGAAAACCCGUUAGGCACUGUAAACCACUUUUUAGUUUUAUAUGUAAUAGUUUUAAGUUCUUUAGUCUUAAAAUGUGUGGCCUUACAUUUUAAAAUGUAUAAUGUAUAUUCUGUUUUAAACUUGCAAACCGUAUCAUGUAAGCACGUAUUGAGUAUGAUGCACAUUUAUAAUAUACUUGUGCAAGUUGCAAUAUCUUUUUUGAGGAAAGUGUUCUCAACAGAAGCUGCCUGGGUGUCUAUAAAGAAGACUUAAACCAUAGCUAGUCUGGGGAUGUCCAAAAUGGGAGGCAUACCUUAGAGGUAACAUAGUUGAAUAAUGAGUUGUAAUUUUUUAACUGUAUAGAACAGUUCAUUGUUUAAUAUUUAAAUGUCCUCAUUUCAUUGUUCAACAUGUGUUUUUAAGCACUCUGAAUAAACUUGUACUAGCUAAAAUAAUGUGUGUGUUUUUUAGUGAACUGCCAUUGAAAUACAGAAUAUUUAUAAUGGAGACUAGAUUUGUGUGACAGAUAUUGAGGAACUGUCUUGAUCAUUUUGCAGUCCUUGAAAAAAACUCCCAUGUUAAAGCAUAUUAUGUAAUAGAAUUAUUGAUACUAACAUGGAACCCAUGGUAGUUGGGUUAUUUAACUGAGUUUAUUUAGAUGUAUGUAAUAACGUUUGUUUUGUUGGAAGUGUAGUCGAUGCUUAAAACACAUUUUAAAACUGAUUGAUAAUUUAUUUUGCUGCCUUAGCCAGAAUGUCGUUACACUUAAAUGCAUGCUUAAUAUAAUGCUUAGUUGUAUAUUUUCAUAGAUUGAGUAAUAGAACACUGUGCCUUUUUUUUUUAGUUUUAACAAUAAUUCCAGGAAUUGUAAUUUGAUAGGAAGUACAACUGAUUUUUUUUAAGGUUACAUUUUGAAUACGAGACAAUUGACAGAUUGUUUUAUAAUUCUUGAGUUAAUUUUUCUCUCAUGAUUCAAGACUUUCAAAAUUGUGCAGUGGUUAAUGGAUGAAGAAAACUCCCAGAGAAAAUUUUCUGAAAUAUCUGACAAAAUUGAUAACAGUAUGAAUAAUACAAAUUUAAAGGUGGUGAUUACUUUUGUACAUUUUUACCUCUUAGUACGUACUAUGUUUUUGCAAGUUGCAUUUAGAUUGGAUUGUUGUUGCCUGUUAAAUGAAUGAAAUAUUAAGAUCAAAAUGAUUUAUUUCUGUUUGCUAUUUGUUGCAAAAAGCAAGUUUACUUUUAACCUAAUUUACAUUUUAGAAUAUGUAAAACUUUUACAUAGUUAAACUUUUGUUUCAAAUAAAUUACAUAGGUUUUGUGUGUGUUUGAGUUACAAUUUGGGUGUGCAGACUGGGUUAGGAAAUCUUGUUUGAUUUCUUCACCAAAAGGAACAGAUUGUGGUUUUUGUGUACAGAAAGUAAUAACGUGAUAUUUAUGAUGAUCCGACUUACCUGCUACACACAAUUGUCUUGAUUUUAAAACGGGAAGUACAGUGAUCCCCCGCCUAUCACGGAAGUUACGCUGCAGACUCACCCGCGAUAGGUGAAAAUCUGCGAUAUAGAAAGACCACUUUUUUUUUUUUUUUUAAGCCUUAAAAUACUCCCACACACUUUGGAUACACAUGAUACAUGGAUGUCGGGCUAAAGAUAUGAGUAACAUAAUAACCCUCAUCAGUUUUACCUUCUCCUGUAUGGUCAAGGUCUUCCUCUGGCACUUAGGCUCACUGCUACCAGAAGGCUUACAAGAUUCAGGAUGCUUGGGAGCCAUCGUAGGGCUUAAAACAAACGAAAACCUCAGAAAAGUCGGACCACAAGCAAGGUACGCGAUACGAGAUUUUUCGGGGACCCACGCUCACUGUUCUUGCGAGAUUACACCACGUUAGCAGCAGCUAAUCAGAGCCCAAGAGAAUAAAAUCCGCUCUGAUUGGUUGAGUCUCCUCUUUCAGCCAAUAAUGGGCUUUGUAAGAAAUUAUCUGGGUUCUGUAACGCGAAACUUUGUCUGCUGAAAACCGUACGCUUUUGUUAUGAAUUGGUUGCCAAGUACACUACAGGUAGGAUGUACGUAUUAAAUUUUUCCGCGAUAUAGCAGGGGUGCGAUAGCUGAACCGCGAUAGAGCGGGGGAUUACUGUACUCUAGUAAUGCUAAAUGAUCUAUCCUGGUUCACUAAUGACUACUUAGCAACAACUCAAAGGAGAACAGGUCCUUCCAGAAAUGUGUGUGUGUGCAUAUAUAUAUAAUAUAAAAUAAAGAGACUGUUUCAUAUAAAUUUUGAAUAAAAUAUUAAUCUUUUGGUCAUUUGUGUAUUUUUGAAAAUACCAGUAUUCUGCUCAGGUGCAAAUAAUAAAACAAAAAUCAGAAAUUUCAAGCCAGAAUUAUUACUGCCUGGGAAAGCCAUUUUACAGUAAUCUUUUUUUUUUUUUUUUUUUUUUAUUAUUUUUUUUUAAAUGUGAGCUGUUUUUAUCCUAUUUUGUGAAAGUGACAUUUUCAACAUCCAAUAUUUAAAUCAGUUUAAUUGAUAUUGUUUGUGAUGCUUAGAUAUUCCUUAGUUCAUUAUGCAACUGUUUAAAGACCAUUCUUGCCUACACAUUAACAAAUAAAAGAUUGUGUUUAGGAUAACCUGAAUUUUUAGUUUUUAUAUAUAACUGCAGUACUUCCUGUGAACAUGUACCAUAUUGUUUUUUAUGUGGCUUAUGCAAUGUAGUUUUAAAUAGCGUAGACAAAGGUUAAUAGUAACAAUAAUGUUUUUAAAUCAGUCUAUUUAUGGGUUUUAAUUGCAUAAAAAAUAUGAAAUUCUGGCUUAUUAGAAAUUCACAUUUGAAAUAUGCAGCUUCAGAAGAGUUCUACCACUGUUUGGAUGUUCAUUAACAAUAUAAUGUCCAUUUUAGUGAUAAAUGAAUGGCCUGUAUCUCUGAUUUGCAUAUCUAUGAUUUGCAUUGUGUAAUGUUGGAUUUUGGUUUAGUUAGGUAUAAAAUUCAAUUUAAUCCUUUGUUUCCAAGGAUCUUAUAGAAGUUGACAGGGCUAAAAGAACCAUCAAUUUAGGUGGUCAUAUUGACAUCAGUGGCAUAGCUAAGGCAUAAUAGUGUUAAGAUAUGCUGAAAUGUAAGAUCAGUACUGUUGUGGGGGAUGUUUGAAAUACUUUGCAUUCCCAUUUUUUAAAUUGCUGUAACUAUUAAUGUUACUUUAUAUCACUAGGUUUCAUUAAAACUUUAUGCUGUAUGCUUUGUUUUUUUUUUUGUUUUUUUUUUUUUCUAAAAAUGUAGCAAUAUCUACAGGUGUUUGUUCCUUUUGACUUCAUGAUUAGUUUACUUAGGUUUUUCUUCCCUUGUUGCUAAUUUUGCUGACGGUUCAGAUUGAUAAACAAGUGUACUUUUUUGUUGCUGUUUUCCUAAGAAUUUUUUUUCUUUAAAAGCAAUUUCAUUUCACCCAGUUCCUUUUCAGUCUUGCAGAUCCCAGACUUUGAACUGUGUUUUCAAUUGUUUGAUCCUUAUCUGAAUAUGAUGUUUGAAGUCUCACAUAAAUCAUUGUUGGGACUAAAAAUCUAACAAAUUAAAAUGAGAGAAUACUAAAUUAGAUGAAUACAGAGGAUCAGUGUUACUUUCAAAUAGUUUAUUGUUAAAUUCAGUUAGGGUCAGAUAUUUGGCAAAGUUUUAUAUAAAUCAUUAUAGUUUCACAUGUAGGAAGGAAUAGUAAGAGAUUGGGGUUUGAAUUUGAAAAGUUCAACUUACUGAAAAGAACUGAGACUACUGUAUGUCAACAGUGUAUUACUGGGCACCAUUCAGUGGUUGUUUAAAAUCUUUGUGUUGGUAGAUUUUACAGUGUACGUGCUGAAGUACAUUUCAAGAAUGUGAUGAGUAUGCUUAACCUGCAUGGUAUAAUUGUGGAGUCACACCCAGAGUGCCGAGUAUUUUUUUGGUCUUUGUAAUGCAAUAUUUUAGUAGUACUAAAGUUGCACCUGCAGAAGGGGCAUUUCUGGUCUUAUUCCAGAAUUGCAAGACACUAUUUCUGCAGAAAUACAGACUUGCUGAUUCUUUUCACCAAAGGCAGCCCUAGAUUAAAAGAAGACAUAAUUGAAAUGUUUGCAAAUUAUGAACUGUACUUUAAAACUGCCUCUUUAUUUCUGACCAGCUUCUGUGUCUUUAUUAAAUUAUACGCUUGUCCAUCAACUUGACACUGAAGAUAUUCCUUACCCUUAAAACAUUUUCAAACAAAUUAGAUGUGUAUGAAUUAAGUAUCCAUCUGUUUUUAGUUACUAUAUAAUUUAGCCAUU